AUGGCAGAUCUACGGAGGUGGACGAAGAAGGAAAGGCUGCUGCGAGAUGUGGUUGAAUCGAUCAGUGAAUUCGUGCAAAACUAUGACGAUACUCGUGACAAAGUGUCAGUGAACGCUAGGCUUAAAAAGCUUGAUGAAGUGUACAACGACUUUUGUGAAGUGCGAUUGAACAUUGAGUGCAUUCUGGAAGAACUCACCGAAACAGAUGAGAAGGAAGAAGAUCAAGUGAAACGGAAAGCACUGCUGCAGAAGAUGGAUGAAUCAAACCGUAAGGUCAUGAAGGACUUUGCGAACCAGUACUUCAAUCUCAAGAACCUACUCCAAGCAUUCCAGGCUUGCCCGGGGGCAGGUACCCGUACCAGCACGGCCGCAGCUUCAGUUGCGCAGCAAGCACCAGUCCCAACGAUGCGAGUAAAGUUACCAGAACUCAAGCUGCCAGUUUUCCGUGGAUCUCUGAUGGAAUGGGUCACAUUCAGAGAUACGUUCCAAAAUCUGAUUGUGGACAAUCCCCAUCUGUCGGACAUCGAUAGGUUCACAUACCUACGAUCAUCGCUAGCAGGUGAAGCGCUACAACAGAUCGCUUCGAUAGAUCUGACGGUAGCAAACUAUUCCAUAGCGUGGAAGUCUUUGGAAUCACGUUAUGAGAAUAAGAAGUUGCUGGUGAAAUCUCAUCUCGACGCACUAUUUGCAGUGCAACCAAUGAAGAAGGAGACGUUCGACUCUCUCAAUCAUGUUGUCAACGAGUAUGACAAGCACCUGCAAAUGCUUGAUAAACUCGGUGAGCAGACAGCAGACUGGAGCACACUGUUAGUCCACAUGCUGUUGAGCAAGCUAGAUGCCACAACGCUUCGUUUAUGGGAAACGGAGCAUCGUUCAAAGGAUGUUCCCAAGUUUGACAAUUUGAUGGACUUCCUGAGAAAUCAUCGUACAGUUCUACGAUCAAUCACCGGAGAACCAACCGGUCCAUUGGAACAGAAGAAGGUACCUCGGGUAAGCAACAGUUACGCCGGUGUUCAGUCUUCUUGUUCGUUGUGUGGUAAUGGACAGCACCCGCUGUUCCAGUGUAAGCGGUUCAAAUCCAUGAAGGUCGAUGACAGGAGAAGCACUGUGAAAUCAACUCAGCUUUGCUUCAACUGUUUGUCUCGAGGUCACGUGGCAAAAGCCUGCACUCGAGGAACAUGUCGCGUUUGUGGUCAGCGACAUCACUCUAUGCUGCACCUGAAGGCGAAUGAUUCUCCGGACAACCAGUCAACUCCACAGUCGAACAAACGGUCGCAACAGAACCCACAGAACCCACAAUCAAUACAGACACCCACAACCUCACCAAUCAAUAAGCAAACACUCAAUAAUUCCCAGAACUCCACAAGUCUCCCAUCCACAAUCUCCACUCCUGCUAUUCCAAAUCCGCAAAGUUUCUCGCCACUUGCCACAGACAUUCCUAAUGUGGUACUCUCUGCUAAUGUACCCAAGAGUCCACGAUCAGUUCUACUCGCAACUGCGAUCGUGGUUCUUGAAGAUCAAUUUGGGAAUACUACACAAGCUAGAGCUUUGCUAGACAGCGGUUCUCAGCUUUGCUUUAUUUCGGAGCAUGCGUCACAGCGUUUGAAGUUCAAGCGCUCACGCGAAGCACUAUCGAUCAGCGGUAUUGGUCAAGCAGCAAGGAAGUGCAAGCAAUCGGUCUUUGCUCGAGUUCGCUCUCGCGUAUCUUCCUUCUCCGGGGAAGAAACCUUCUACGUACUACCCAAUGUGACGCUGAAUUUGCCUACCCGGAAGGUGGACGCAUCCAAGUUGAAGCUUCCGGAGGAUAUUGUACUAGCGGAUCCAUUCUUCACUGAACCAAGCAACGUCGACAUGAUUAUCGGAGCAGGACUUUUCUUUGACUUGCUACGCAACGAGAAGAUCUACCUGGGAGAAAAUGGACCAGUAGCGCAGAACACCACCCUCGGCUGGAUUGUUUGUGGAAACUUGCCGGACAACUCGGACGUGCGAAGACCUCACGUUGCCAACACAUGUACGGAGAAACUGGAUGAACUUUUGACACGUUUUUGGGAGUUAGAGACGUGUAAAACGGACAGUGUUUUCUCAUUGGAGGAAUAUGCCUGCGAGAAGUUUUUCGAUCGCACUACGGUCCGAGAUGCAACAGGAAGAUUUGUAGUUACACUGCCCAAAAAAAGUUACCUUAUUCAACAACUCGGGGAUUCGAGGAACAUAGCCAUGAAGCGCUUCCUUUCACUCGAGCGCCGCCUUACUGCAGAUCCUGAGUUGAAACGGAUGUAUCGUGAUUUCAUUCACGAGUAUCUCCAAAUGGGACACAUGGAAGAAAUUGUUGGAGACGAAGGAAGUUCGGCCUUGCCGGAGUAUUUCAUUCCUCAUCAUUGUGUCAUCAAACUCGAUAGCACGACCACUAAACUACGGGUUGUGUUUGAUGCGUCGUGUCCCACAUCGAGCGGCCUCUCGCUGAACAACGCAUUGAUGGUAGGACCUACGGUGCAGGAUGACAUCAUCUCGAUCGUCCUCCGUUUUCGGUUCCACAGAAUCGCCAUAGUGGCAAAUGUGGAGAAAAUGUACCGCAUGGUACAGCAACAACUGGCUGAUAGAAGACUGCAUAAAAUCCUGUGGCGUGACAACCAGAACGAACCUAUUCGAGUGUUUCAGUUAAACACCGUCACAUACGGUACGGCAUCGGCACCGUAUUUAGCUGCCAAGUGCCUCAAACGUCUAGCAGAACUAGAUGGGAACAAAUUCCCUGAAGCAGCCAAGAUUCUCUGCAAAGAUUUCUAUGUCGAUGACAUGAUGUCCGGUGUUGACGACGUACAGGAGGGAGUCAAGAUAUGCAGCAAUAUUCAGCAACUUUUGCAUGGCGGAGGGUUCAACCUUAGGAAAUGGAGCAGUAACUGUCCAGCGGUGUUGGAGAACAUACCUAAGGAGCUUCAGGACGACCGAACAUCUUUCGAGUUGGACGAUUCUAGUGCAAUUAUCAAAACGCUGGGUCUCAUCUGGGAGCCCAGGUUGGACGUCUUUCGGUUCAAAAUACCGGAGUGGAACACAUCGGAAAUCUGUAAACGCACGGUCAUUUCUGAUUUAGCUCGAAUAUUCGAUCCGCUCGGGCUAAUCGGAACUGUGAUCGUUUCCGCAAAAAUAUUUGUCCAGAAUCUCUGGAAACAGAAGAUUUCGUGGGACGAACCGCUACCAAGUGAACUUCAAGCUCAAUGGCUGGAGUUCAGAACCAGCUUAUCACAGCUUGGCAACUUGCAGAUUCCGAGGUGGGUUGCCUUCAGAAAGGAUUGCCUUUCGAUGGAGCUCCACGGCUUUUGCGACGCGUCCAUGAAAGCCUAUGGAGCCUGUUUGUAUGUGCGAUGCACCCACUUCGAUGGCACCAUCACGUCCAACCUACUAGUCGCAAAAUCAAGAGUCGCGCCGCUGUCCGAAGUAGAGAAGAAACGAAAGAAACUCACGAUUCCCCGCUUGGAGUUGUCCUCUGCUGUAUUACUGGCUCACCUCUACGAAAAAACGUCUGCUAGCCUCACGAUUUCAACGCAGUCGUACUUUCAUACCGAUUCCAUGAUCGUUCGGUAUUGGUUGUCUUCUCAACCGUCACGAUACCAGAUGUUCGUAGCAAACCGAAUAUCGGAAGUACAACACCUCACGAGGACCGGUACGUGGCGACAUGUUGCCGGUACAGAGAACCCUGCGGACGCCCUCUCUCGCGGUAUUCCAGCAGCUGAACUGAAGCAGGACUCGUUGUGGUGGUAUGGACCAAGUUGGCUGCGAGAAGAUAAGGAUUGUUGGCCCAAAACACAAGAAGUGCUCCUGGAAGACCUGGAGAAAUCGUAUUUCGAAGAGGGAUCUGUGGUCGCGUCUGUUGCUACAAUAUUGUGCCUUGCAAGAUAA